GUGCUUGCCUGUGCCUGCUUGUGACUGCAACUACGUCUUUUCAGACGCCCUCAUUAUUCAUCUUUGACAACAGUCGGAUUUCGAGGACAAGAUCGGCCACUUCCAGGUACCAAACCAGUUCUGAUCGGGCAUCCACAAUGGAUCCAGCGUUGACACCAGUUGAUUCCAAACUCCCAUCGUCAAACAAUCCCACGCUAUCCUUGGUGGGAUCCUUCCUUGUGGAUAUUUCUCACACUGAAGAUGAUGAGAGUAUUUUGUGGUCGCUGAUACCCAUUGAGGAGGCCGUUGCAAGCGAAUCGGAUGCGGGUAGUCUAUCAGAAGGAGCUAGGUCUUGGAAAGCGCUGCAUCGAAUGAAUACACAACAAUUAUCAAAGCCAGUAAUUAGUCUUGAAAGCAAAAUUCUGGAACCAGACACUCUUCAAGUUCAAAUAUCAUCAUCGACGAAUGUUGCUUUGUUGGCGGAGAAUGCCAAGCUACUGUCUGCCAUGGCCAAAGCAUUGGCUCAAUAUACGGCCAACGCUUCUGACAACGAGACCAAAGCUUGGAAUCUUGUUAUUUAUUCAGGCGACGAGACGAAAGAGGAAUUUGCUGGUGUCACCUUCUCCUUGGAUGACAUUCCUACAUUGUUUGAGGUAGAUUCGACAUCUGGCGUCGAAAUCGUUGACAUGGUGGACCAACAGGGCAAUGUGUUGGCCAUGGUGCCUCGAACCUUGGUGCAUUCCUUGAAUAUCCUUCAUCGAGGGAUUGGAUUGACCGUGUCCAAGGAUGAAAAAUUCUCAGAGCUUUACGUCCAUCGCCGCACCGACUUUAAACGUAUCUUUCCAAGUCUUUACGAUAUGUUUGUUGGAGGUGUUUCGCUCUCGGGUGAAGAGGCUCGACUCACGGCCGCCCGAGAAGUGGCGGAAGAGCUGGGGUUGUCUCGAGCGCUGAAAGAAAAUCAACAAAAUCUAUCCGGUCCUUUAUUCCAAUGUGUAGUAUGCACGGCCUACAACCGUUGCGUCGUGACUGUCUUUCAAUAUACAAUGGAUCCCUCGGUGGAAACUAUCUCCUGGCAGGAAGAGGAAGUAUCAUGGGGCGAUUUUGUGCGCUAUGACACGGCGGAAGCAGCUGCCGACUUGUCCAUCAAACGACUGGUGGGAAAACAAGAGUGGCCAGGAUUGUUACCAGCCGUUCAAUCCAAAUGGAAGGGGAACAAGCCACCCGAGGCAGAGACCAGUAGCUCCGUGGAAGAUUGGGCAACGUGGGACUUUGUUCCAGACGGACUGCUGGUGUGGGAGGCAUGGUUGAAAUGGAAUCAAGCUGCUCAUUAUGAUUAG